GAUGAAGAAAGCUGUGAAGAUUUCCACCAUCGCCAUCAUCGUUUUAUUUGUUUGCUACACAGAGAGCGCAUCAGAUACUGUCUUUAAAUUGGACAUGGCACCAGAUUCUGCUGAUGAUCAAUUUAUAGGCUGUGAAGACCAAAUGUACGACCUGAUUACACAAAAGAUUUUACCCAAUGAAUUAAACUCUGAUGAAAAUUUCAAGUAUCUUUGGGACCAUUACAAAGAUGUUAAUGAUUAUUUUAAAAGAGUAAUUAAGGUGUACACAACUGAAGCAAUUCACUCACAGUUCAAUAACGCUGUGAGUUCAGGCAGAAAGAACUAUAACAGUAACUUUAACUAUAAAGCCCUUCAUUUCUUGCUCACACGUGCAAUACAAAUUUAUCAAGUGAAAACGUGUACUAAUGUGUUCCGCAGAACCGAGGUUAGCUUUGAUAAAAAUGUUCUUGGCCAUGAAAUGCGAUUUGGCAGAUUUGCAUCAACUUCACUUAAAAAAGAUAUGACUGAUUUUGGCUCAACCUCCUGUUUUAAGAUUAAGACGUGCUUUGGUGCAAAAAUAGCCCAUAUUUCUGUGACACCUGAAGAGAAAGAAGUGCUGAUCCCACCUUUUGAAAAAUUUAAAAUUGCAAAGAUUGAAAAAAAUAGAAGCAACUGCGAUGUCGUUUACACUCUACAGAGCACUGGGAAGGUUAGUAAUAUGAACUGUGAGCUAACUAAAAACUUGCAAAAAGUAGAAGUAAAGUAAAAGUGUUGAUGUUAUUACAACACCACCCACUAAUGUUGCUGCAUAAUUUAGUAACUGUUUUCUA